UCUUCUUCUUUUUCUUUCUUUUUCUUUUUAUAUAUAUUUAUAUAAUAUAUAUAUAUAUAUAUAUAACCUACUCUAAUCUCCGUCAAUCUGUCACCUAGGUUACCAAAAAUAUAACAGCACUUAAUUAACAGAAAAUCAUACCAAGAAAAAGUGAGUUGCAGAAUAUUCAAGUAUGCGAAUCCCAUCCGGUUGCUCCAAGCUUGAGAGAGCUAUUAUCAUUGACAGAGUGAAAGGAAUGAUCUUUGGUGCUAUCCUUGGCGACAGUCUUGGACUGGCUACAGAAGGAAUGUCUAGAGAACAAGUUCAAAAGGCAUAUUCAAAUGGCCCCAUUCGAUUUGGAAUGGACGACGAUCAAGAAUCAGCUGGUGUUAAUUUCAUAAGAGACACCUUUCGCUCAUUAUUUGAUGAAAAUGAUUUUGGCGAUGACGCUGAACAGCAGCUCCUCAUCUUAUUUUCAAUUCAAGAGAACCGGGGCACAUUCAAUUACAAAGACUAUGCUACACGACUUUAUAAUUAUAGUAACCGAGGCAUGCGCGGCCUAGACAAGCAACCACUCGGAAUUAAAGCAACCACAAAAUCAGUCCUUUCUCGACCUCAUUUUCUCGAAAGUCCUCACCCUACGGCAAUAGAUGUCUGGCGAAAGGAAAUAGAUACUCGCGACGAUAGUGGUUCUUUGGUUCGUGCAGCAAUUCUGGGCGUACCAAAGUUUUGGGAUGGCACAACAGUUAUCCAAAAUUCGGCUGAAUGUUGUCGUAUCACUCAUCCCGAUCCUCGCUCUGUCAUAUCUUCUGUCAUUGUAUCUACCAUUGUAGCAAGAAUGCUGCGUGGACAAGACCUAGAAAUGGAAAUACUGGACUCUAGCCAACCUUCACCUCUACCUUCUCCUCUGCUGUCAAAACCUAAUCAAUUACCACUCUCAUCAACAAAAUUACCUCCGACUCCAACAUCAACACCGCCUACACCAACCAGCGCUACUACCCCUACCACAAAAUGGACUGACUCACUCGAGACAGAUCGUGUAUUAAUGUCACUCGUCAGAGCAGUGAUUGACGCCAACAAGCGAAUCCUGACCGCACCAAACACCGACCCACUUUUUCAAACUCCAGAAACAGACGCAAACCUGAUGCAAGAGUACUUUGAGCAAUUGAUCAAGACUUGCUACCAGGAACCUCUUCAGCUCUCUCCACAGUUACUACACGAAUCUCAUGUGUUUUCCUGUCUAGGAGGAGCCAGCUAUGUAUUCACGCGCGUGAUUCCAAAGGGUAGCGAGACCGAGUACUUUAAGCGACUGUUGAUGGAUAUCGUGAUGCAGGGUGGACACGCAGAUGCAAACGGGUCGGUUGCAGGUGCCUUGCUUGGUCUGAGGAUAGGGUAUGGUUGUCUUCCGAGCGAGUGGGUUGUUGGACUCAAGAGGUGGGAGUGGUUAGAAGAUAGAGUUGAAGAGUUUUGUGAAAUGCUCUAAACAAAAACCUUCUAUUAUUUUCUAUUAUUUUAUUUUCUCGAUCUCUAUCUCUCUACUCCCUUUAUUUAUUUAUAUAUCUACCUAUCUACCUACCUAUCUAUCUAUCUAUCUAUCUAUCCAUAUAUUUUACUUUCUUUCACAAACCCAACAAAAUCAACUCACAAACGUAUGUAUAUACUGCACUACACUGCACUGCACUGCACUGCAUUACACUACACUACAUUACACUACACUCUUACACUUACACGUUAUGCCAUUUGUUUUACUUAUUUCACUCCUUAAUUAUCUUUACAUAUAUAUAUAUAUAUAUAUAUAUAUAUUCCUUCUUCCCUUCUUUAUUUUUUAUUUUAUUUUUUGCCGCAAGAACCUGCUUUUUUUUAUCUUACAUAUAUAUUAUAUUAUUCUUAUUACACACACGCACACAAGCACAAACGACACCCAAAAAAAGACACUACAAAAUACACACAAGCACAAACAAGUCAAAUCAGGAUGAUUUGUAUUUAUCAAAUUAAAUGUUUCACAAAAAAAAGGGCGAAACACCAACAACAACAGCAACAGCAACAGCAACGAUAACAACAGCAAUAAAAUGGAACAGACCAAGUAACAAAAAAAAACACAAACCUUUCUCGUAUCUUUGAUCUAAUGGUAAUCUGAUUUGUAUUCAUUUCAUUAAUUAUUAAUUAUUAUUUUUAUUAAAAUAAAAUUAAAUUAAAUU